AAAGAUCUUUAGUCGAGAGCGAGUUGUCCGGGUGCUGCGUGAGAGGGGCGGGCGGGGACGAGUUUAGGAGCUGCGCAGAGGACGUGGACCGGCGCUUCCGUCGGCGGAGGAGCGAGGAGCGAGGAUGGCGGCGUUUUCAGAGAUGGGUGUUAUGCCGGAAAUUGCCCAGGCGGUAGAGCAGAUGGACUGGCUUCUACCAACAGAUAUCCAAUCUGAGUCCAUUCCUUUGAUACUGGGUGGUGGUGAUGUGCUUAUGGCAGCAGAAACUGGCAGUGGCAAGACUGGCGCAUUCAGCAUACCUGUUAUACAGAUUGUAUAUGAAACACUCAAGGACCAGGAAGAGGGCAAGAAGGGGAAAUCUGUCAAAUCAUCUGGUGGUGCAGUGUUCAAUAAAUGGCAGAUGAAUCCUUAUGACAGAGGAUCAGCCUUUGCUAUUGGAGCUGAUGGGAUGUGCUGCCAAAGUAGGGAAAUAAAAGAAUGGCAUGGAUGCAGAUCCACCAAGGGAGUGAAAAAAGGCAAAUACUAUUAUGAAGUACAUUGUCAUGACCAGGGCUUAUGCAGAAUUGGAUGGUCCACGAUGCAGGCUUCGCUGGAUUUGGGCACUGAUAAAUUUGGUUUGGGCUUUGGUGGCACUGGAAAGAAAUCUCACUGCAAACAGUUUGAGAGUUAUGGAGAGGAAUUUACCAUGCACGAUACUAUUGGAUGCUACAUUGAUCUUGAUGGAGAAUCUGUAAAAUAUUCAAAAAAUGGAAAAGACCUUGGUCACGCUUUUGAUAUUCCUUCACAUCUAAAGAACCAAGCUUUCUAUGCCUCAUGUGUUUUAAAGAAUGCCGAGCUCAAAUUUAACUUUGGUGAAGAAGAAUUCAAAUUCCCUCCGAAAGACGGUUAUCAGGCAUUAGAUAAGGCAGCAGAUGAUCAUGUUGUAAAGUCACAGCAUACUGGGACUGCAACAGUGGGUCAAACUAAAAACCUGCCAAAUGCUCCAAAAGCUCUCAUUAUUGAACCAUCCAGAGAGUUGGCCGAACAAACCCUCAAUAAUGUCAAGCAAUUCAAGAAAAACGUUACUGAUCCCAAGCUUAGGGAACUCCUAAUUAUCGGUGGUGUGUCUGCAAAGGAUCAGCUCUCUGUCCUGGAUCAAGGAGUAGAUAUUGUUGUUGGAACUCCAGGAAGAUUAGAUGACCUUGUCUCAACAGGAAAACUUAAUCUCUCCCAAGUUAGAUUCUUUGUGCUGGAUGAAGCUGAUGGAUUGAUUUCGCAAGGAUAUUCUGACUUCAUUUCAAGAAUACACUCUCAGAUACCUCAAGUAACAUCUGAUGGCAAAAGAUUGCAGGUAAUUAUUUGCUCUGCAACACUACAUUCAUUUGAUGUUAAGAAGCUCGCAGAGAAAAUUAUGCAUUUCCCAACCUGGGUAGACCUGAAAGGCGAGGAUUCUGUUCCGGAAACAGUCCAUCAUGUUGUUCUGCGAGUUAACCCAAAAGUGGAUCGACAUUGGGAGAAACUUGGACGACGUAUUCGGACAGAUGAAGUUCAUGCAAAAGAUAACACAAGACCUGGUGCCAAUAGUGCUGAGAUGUGGUCUGAAGCUAUUAAAGUACUGAAAGGUGAAUAUACUAUACGUGCAAUCAAAGAACACAAAAUGGAUCAAGCAAUCAUUUUUUGCAGAACAAAGAUUGACUGUGAUAACAUGGAACAAUAUUUUGUUCAGAUGGGAGGAGGUCCAGAUAAAAAGGGACAUCAGUUCUCUUGCGUUUGUUUGCAUGGUGACAGAAAGCCAAAUGAAAGAAAGCAAAACUUGGAACGAUUCAAGAAAGUUGAUGUGAAAUUCCUGAUCUGUACUGAUGUGGCUGCCAGAGGAAUUGAUAUCCGUGGUGUUCCUUUUGUAAUUAAUGUGACUCUUCCUGAUGAAAAGCAAAACUAUGUUCAUCGGAUUGGAAGAGUGGGAAGAGCUGACAGAAUGGGUCUAGCCAUUUCCUUGGUGGCAACUGAGAAAGAAAAGGUUUGGUACCAUGUUUGUGGAACUCGUGGACGAGGUUGCUAUAACACCAGGCUGAAGGAUCAAGGUGGAUGUACCAUAUGGUACAACGAAAUGCAGUUGUUGACUGAAGUUGAAGAGCACUUGAAUGUCAUCAUCUCUCAAGUUGAGCCUGACCUAAAAAUUCCAGUGGAUGAGUUUGAUGGUAAAGUAGUUUAUGGACAGAAAAGAGCAACGGGAGGUAGCACGUUUAAGGGUCAUGUUGAUGCUUUGGCACCGACCGUGCAAGAGCUGGCUGCUCUUGAAAAGGAGGCGCAGUCGUCUUUCUUACAGUUUGGCUUUCUUCCCAACCAAUUGUUCAAGCGCUUUUGAUUGCAACAUGCGCCUUAAUUUAGUUCAACAAAGAAACUGACAAGUUACUAAAGAACCUUGAAGAUGUUUAUUACUGCAAAAUGACAUCUAGAAAUGGUUAACAAUCACUAGCUUCUGCACAUUGACCCCUGUAUAAGAGCUUGACAGUUUCGGUAUCGAUCUAAUGUGGCAAUGAAACAUUAGGUGUCAGAGUUGCUAUGAAUAAACACUUCAAAAACUA